AGGAGCCGCGGCGGGGAGGGAGGAGCCGCGGGAGCAGCGCCGCCGCCGAGCAGCGAUGUGGCCGGUCGGCCGGCGGGUAAACAGAGGGAGCAGCCGCGGCCGUGGCCGCCCCGGCCCGGGGCAGUGAGUGCGCCCGCCGCGACCUGCCCGCCGCUGCCAUGGCCGAAGUGCGCAAAUUCACCAAGCGGCUCAGCAAGCCCGGCACGGCGGCCGAGCUCCGGCAGAGCGUGUCGGAGGCCGUGCGGGGCUCCGUGGUGCUGGAAAAGACCAAAAUUGUUGAGCCCUUGGACUAUGAGAAUGUUAUCACCCAAAGGAAAACCCAGAUUUACAGCGACCCCCUCAGAGACCUGCUUAUGUUUCCAAUGGAAGAUAUCUCUAUCUCGGUGAUAAGUCGUCAGCGCAGAACAGUGCAGUCCACUGUACCAGAAGAUGCUGAGAAGAGGGCCCAAAGUUUGUUUGUCAAAGAGUGUAUUAAAACCUAUAGCACAGAUUGGCAUGUGGUAAACUACAAGUAUGAAGACUUCUCUGGAGACUUUCGAAUGUUGCCAUGCAAAUCUCUGCGACCAGAAAAGAUUCCCAGUCACGUAUUUGAGAUUGACGAGGACUGUGAGAAAGACGAGGAUUCCUCUUCGCUGUGUUCUCAGAAGGGUGGCGUCAUAAAACAAGGCUGGUUGCAUAAAGCAAAUGUAAAUAGUACCAUCACGGUCACCAUGAAGGUAUUCAAGAGACGGUAUUUUUACUUGACUCAGCUUCCUGACGGUUCAUACAUUCUCAACUCCUACAAAGAUGAGAAAAACUCCAAAGAAUCUAAAGGUUGCAUCUACUUGGACGCCUGCAUUGACGUUGUUCAGUGCCCCAAAAUGCGCCGUCACGCAUUUGAACUCAAGAUGCUAGAUAAGUAUAGCCAUUAUUUGGCUGCUGAAACUGAGCAGGAAAUGGAGGAAUGGUUGCUAACUUUGAAAAAGAUUAUUCAGAUCAAUACCGACAGUUUAGUGCAAGAGAAAAAGGAGACAGUAGAAACAACCCAAGAAGAUGAAACUAGCAGCCAAGGAAAAGCCGAGAACAUCAUGGCCAGUUUGGAAAGGAGCAUGCAUCCGGAACUGAUGAAGUAUGGCAGAGAAACUGAACAGCUAAACAAACUCAGUAGAGGGGAUGGAAGACAGAAUCUCUUUUCUUUUGAUUCGGAGGUCCAGAGGUUGGACUUUUCAGGAAUUGAACCUGAUAUAAAGCCAUUUGAGGAAAAGUGCAAUAAACGUUUCCUGGUGAACUGCCAUGAUUUAACUUUCAAUAUCUCGGGUCAAGUUGGAGACAAUGCAAAAGGACCACCCACAAAUGUUGAACCCUUUUUUAUCAAUCUCGCCUUAUUCGACGUAAGGAACAACUGCAAGAUUUCAGCCGACUUCCACGUAGACCUGAAUCCCCCAUCUGUCCGGGAAAUGCUGUGGGGCCCUUCAGCCCAGCUGGCUGGUGAUGGAAACCUGACGAGCUCUUCCCCGGAGCCUUUCAUUCAUGGAAUUGCUGAAUCCCAGUUACGCUACAUAAAGCAGGGAAUUUUCUCAGUGACGAAUCCGCAUCCUGAAAUUUUUCUGGUUGCAAGAAUUGAAAAGGUGCUCCAGGGAAACAUCGCGCACUGUGCGGAACCCUACAUCAAAAAUUCAGACCCAGCAAAGACGGCCCAGAAGGUGCACAGGACAGCAAAGCAAGUGUGUAGCCGCCUUGGACAAUACAGAAUGCCCUUUGCUUGGGCUGCCAGACCCAUUUUCAAAGAUACUCAAGGUUCUCUGGAUCUGGAUGGGAGAUUUUCUCCUUUGUAUAAACAAGACAGUAGCAAGCUUUCAAAUGAAGACAUUCUCAAGUUGCUCUCAGAAUACAAGAAGCCAGAGAAGACCAAAUUGCAGAUUAUUCCUGGGCAGCUCAACAUCACAGUAGAAUGUGUUCCUGUGGAUUUAUCAAAUUGUAUUACUUCAUCAUAUGUGCCCCUGAAGCCUUUUGAAAAGAAUUGUCAAAAUAUUACUGUGGAGGUCGAAGAGUUUGUUCCAGAAAUGACAAAAUACUGUUAUCCAUUUACUAUUUACAAAAACCAUCUGUAUGUAUAUCCCUUGCAAUUAAAAUACGAUAGCCAGAAAACAUUUGCCAAGGCAAGGAACAUUGCGGUCUGUGUGGAAUUCCGGGAUUCAGAUGAAAGCGACGCUAGCGCUCUAAAGUGUAUUUACGGAAAACCCGCCGGGUCUGUUUUUACCACAAAUGCUUAUGCUGUUGUCUCGCAUCACAACCAAAAUCCAGAGUUCUAUGAUGAGAUUAAAAUCGAGCUUCCCAUUCACCUGCAUCAAAAACAUCAUUUGCUUUUUACUUUUUAUCAUGUGAGUUGUGAAAUUAAUACAAAGGGAACAACCAAAAAGCAAGACACAGUUGAAACUCCAGUUGGCUUUGCCUGGGUACCUUUGCUGAAGGAUGGUAGAAUCAUUACAUUUGAGCAGCAGCUGCCAGUUUCCGCCAAUCUUCCUCCGGGCUACUUGAAUCUGAAUGAUGCAGAAUCAAGAAGGCAAUCUAAUGUGGAUAUUAAGUGGGUAGACGGUGCAAAGCCUUUGUUGAAGAUUAAAAGCCACUUAGAGUCUACGAUUUAUACUCAAGAUCUCCAUGUGCACAAAUUCUUCCAUCAUUGCCAGCUGAUUCUGUCAGGCUCGAAAGAGGUUCCGGGGGAGCUCAUUAAAUAUUUAAAGUGUUUGCAUGCCAUGGAGAUCCAAGUCAUGAUACAGUUUCUACCUGUAAUUCUUAUGCAACUCUUCCGGGUUCUCACAAAUAUGACCCACGAAGAUGACGUUCCUAUCAACUGCACCAUGGUUCUCUUACAUAUCGUUUCGAAGUGCCAUGAAGAAGGCUUGGAUAAUUAUUUAAGAUCCUUCAUCAAGUAUAGCUUCCGACCUGAAAAACCAAGUGCCCCUCAGGCCCAGCUGAUACACGAAACCCUGGCUACCACAAUGAUUGCCAUAUUGAAACAGUCUGCUGACUUUUUAGCAAUAAACAAACUGCUAAAGUACUCAUGGGUUUUUUUUGAAAUUAUUGCAAAGUCUAUGGCCACAUACUUGUUGGAAGAGAAUAAAAUUAAGCUUCCCAGAGGCCAGAGAUUUCCAGAGACAUAUCAUCAUGUCUUACAUUCGUUGCUUCUCGCAAUAAUUCCCCACGUGACUAUUCGCUAUGCCGAGAUUCCCGAUGAGUCCCGAAAUGUCAAUUAUAGUUUGGCUAGCUUCCUGAAGCGCUGCCUGACGCUAAUGGAUAGAGGAUUUGUUUUCAAUUUGAUAAACGACUACAUAUCUGGAUUCAGCCCCAAAGAUCCCAAGGUUCUGGCUGAAUACAAGUUUGAAUUUCUGCAAACAGUUUGCAAUCACGAACAUUACAUUCCUCUGAAUUUGCCAAUGGCAUUUGCAAAACCUAAACUCCAGCGUGUUCAAGAUUUUUUUUCAUUUGCGGUGGACCGUUUGACUUCAGUAGAUUCAAAUCUUGAAUACAGUUUAUCAGAUGAAUAUUGCAAGCAUCACUUCUUGGUUGGUUUACUUCUGAGGGAAACCUCCAUUGCUCUUCAAGACAAUUAUGAGAUCAGAUAUACAGCUAUCUCUGUCAUAAAGAAUCUUUUGAUAAAACAUGCAUUUGACACUAGAUACCAACACAAGAACCAACAGGCCAAAAUAGCACAAUUGUACCUACCAUUUGUUGGACUGCUCUUGGAAAAUAUACAGCGGUUAGCAGGUCGAGAUACCUUGUAUUCUUGUGCAGCCUUGCCUAAUUCUGCAUCCAGGGAUGAGUUUGCAUGUGGCUUCACUUCACCUACAAAUAGAGGGAGUCUGAGCACUGACAAAGACACUGCUUAUGGGGCUUUUCAAAAUGGACAUGGAAUCAAGAGGGAAGAUUCAAGAGGUUCCCUCAUCCCAGAAGGAGCAACAGGAUUUCCAGAUCAGAGCGGAACUGUUGAAAAUACCCGACAGAGUUCUACAAGGGGUAGCGUAUCCCAGUAUAACCGACUCGACCAGUAUGAAACCAGAAGCCUCUUAAUGUGUUACCUGUAUAUAGUAAAAAUGAUUUCUGAAGAUACUCUCUUAACUUACUGGAAUAAAGUAUCUCCUCAGGAGCUCAUAAACAUUCUCAUACUUCUAGAAGUGUGUUUGUUUCACUUUAGAUAUAUGGGGAAAAGAAACAUAGCAAGGGUGCACGAUGCCUGGCUGUCAAAGCACUUUGGAAUAGACCGAAAAUCGCAAACCAUGCCAGCUCUUCGAAACAGAUCAGGGGUAAUGCAGGCCCGACUUCAGCAUCUUAGCAGCCUGGAAAGUUCGUUUACACUUAAUCACAGCUCUGCGACCAGCGAAGCAGACAUUUUCCAUCAGGCACUUCUUGAAGGCAACACGGCUACUGAAGUUUGCUUAACGGUGCUGGAUACCAUCUCCUUUUUCACCCAGUGCUUUAAGAGUCAACUUUUAAAUAACGACGGCCACAACCCAUUAAUGAAAAAAGUAUUUGAUAUUCAUCUGGCUUUCCUUAAAAAUGGACAGUCUGAAGUGUCGCUGAAACAUGUUUUUGCCUCACUACGAGCUUUCAUCAGUAAGUUUCCCUCAGCCUUUUUCAAGGGAAGGGUGAACAUGUGUGCUGCAUUUUGCUAUGAGGUUUUAAAGUGCUGCACCUCGAAGAUUAGCUCAACCAGGAACGAAGCAUCUGCACUUUUGUACCUUCUGAUGAGAAACAACUUUGAGUAUACCAAAAGGAAAACCUUUUUGAGGACACAUCUUCAGAUCAUAAUCGCGGUGAGCCAGCUGAUAGCCGACGUGGCGCUAAGCGGAGGAUCGCGAUUUCAGGAGUCUCUGUUCAUUAUCAACAAUUUUGCAAACAGUGACAGACCCAUGAAGGCAACUGCUUUUCCCACAGAAGUCAAAGACUUGACCAAGAGAAUCCGUACCGUUCUUAUGGCCACUGCUCAAAUGAAGGAGCAUGAGAAAGAUCCUGAAAUGCUCAUUGAUCUCCAGUAUAGCUUGGCCAAGUCCUAUGCAAGCACCCCAGAGCUCAGGAAAACCUGGCUCGACAGCAUGGCCAAGAUUCAUAUAAAGAAUGGAGACUUUUCAGAGGCAGCAAUGUGUUAUGUCCACGUGGCCGCUUUGGUUGCAGAGUUUCUUCAUCGAAAAAAAUUAUUCCCUAAUGGAUGUUCAGCCUUCAAGAAAAUUACUCCCAAUAUAGAUGAAGAAGGAGCAAUGAAAGAAGAUGCUGGAAUGAUGGAUGUCCAUUAUAGUGAAGAAGUGUUGCUGGAGUUGCUAGAACAAUGUGUGGAUGGCUUAUGGAAAGCAGAACGUUAUGAAGUGAUUUCUGAGAUUUCCAAGUUGAUCAUUCCAAUUUAUGAGAAACGUCGUGAAUUUGAGAAACUUACUCAAGUUUAUAGAACUCUUCAUGGAGCUUACACAAAAGUUCUAGAGGUUAUGCAUACAAAAAAAAGACUUUUAGGAACUUUCUUCAGAGUUGCCUUUUAUGGCCAAUCUUUCUUUGAAGAAGAAGAUGGGAAGGAGUACAUCUAUAAAGAACCAAAGCUCACCGGCCUCUCAGAGAUUUCCCUGAGACUUGUGAAACUUUAUGGUGAAAAAUUUGGCACAGAGAAUGUUAAAAUAAUUCAGGAUUCUGACAAGGUGAAUGCCAAAGAGCUCGAUCCAAAAUAUGCUCAUAUCCAAGUCACUUACGUGAAGCCCUACUUUGAUGACAAAGAACUCACAGAAAGAAAGACCGAGUUUGAAAGAAACCAUAAUAUCAACAGAUUUGUUUUUGAAGCUCCUUAUACAUUAUCCGGCAAAAAGCAAGGUUGCGUAGAAGAACAAUGCAAACGCCGCACAAUCUUGACGACUUCCAACUCCUUUCCAUAUGUGAAGAAGAGGAUCCCUAUAAACUAUGAGCAGCAGAUUAAUUUAAAGCCCAUCGAUGUUGCUACUGAUGAAAUCAAAGAUAAAACGGCAGAGCUGAAAAAACUUUGCUCUUCUGCUGACGUGGACAUGAUUCAGCUCCAGCUGAAAUUGCAGGGCUGCGUCUCAGUGCAGGUAAAUGCUGGUCCAUUAGCAUACGCAAGGGCUUUCUUAAAUGAUAGCCAAGCUAGCAAGUAUCCACCUAAGAAAGUAAAUGAGUUGAAAGACAUGUUUAGGAAGUUCAUACAGGCAUGCAGCAUGGCACUUGAACUAAAUGAGCGGCUAAUUAAAGAGGAUCAAAUUGAGUACCAUGAAGGGCUCAAGUCAAAUUUCAGAGACAUGGUGAAAGAAUUGUCUGACAUUAUCCAUGAGCAGGCCGCAGUGCUAUUAGAAGUAACUAGCUGAGCCAAUCUAAAUUGAUCUACUGGAGACAUGGAUACUACAAGAAGACACGAUCCAUUCCCCCUGGAUGAGCAACACAUUACAUGUAUUUUGUGCAAUUAGUGGUACAUCGAGCGACAGAGGUUAUGGUUCCCCAAGAUACACUGCUGAAAUCUGAGGACGUGCAGAUGCAAAGUGACAACGAGACUGACCUUUCUCAGGAAUAAUCGGAGCUGUGCAAAUGUUAAAAUUUAAAGAUUUGAUAUACAUGGAGUGUUUCUUCCUGACACCAAAAUUUUCAUGCUUUCAAACAGGGUGCUUACAUAUUUGUAAAUAUUUAAGCAACUUGAAAGUGCCUGGAAAAUUGCACCACUGUGCUUGGUUUGUACUUUUUUAGGUAAAUCUAUAUACGGAAAAGUAGAGCUCAAAAACAUUAAUUCAAUUUGCUUAAUUAUUGCUUCAGAUAAUAAUGGUACUGUGUAAAAUUGUAUAAUGGAACACAAUAAAAGGUAAAACUUAUUUGUAAUUAGAAGUGAAGGAAAUAAUACUUUGAACUUAGCAUUUUUCUUGACAGGAAGCUCAAUUCAUGAUCAUACUGAUCCUUGGAGAGAAAAAAAAAAGGAUCAAAUUUGCAUAAAACACGGAUAUUCCAAAUUGGGGAGGUAGUCUGAACUCCUGCCUGCUAGUAGUCAAGGCGAGGCUAAAGGAAACAAAAGGGUCAUUUUAAAAGGAGGAUUUCACAAGGAAAGGCAAUACACAGAAAUACCAAACUUACUGCUCCUUCAAGUUUUGAGCCAGUGAUGCCAGGUGAUCAAGUUGGUCUCUCUCUGCCUUCCAGGGCAAGGGAUUCAUAUGUGACCUAGCUCUCCCUGGGAAGUGGCAUUGGUUUGUUCCCAGAGCUUUCUGGGGCUAUCCAGAAGGCCAAAUAAAAUAGUUCCGAGAAUUUACAGUCAGUACAUCCUAUGCAACUUCAGAACUUUCAAAGUAGCAGAAUCAGGGAGGUAUUUACGUAAUGACCAUUUUUCUUUUCUGUGUACAAGAUUAACAAGUACCUUGAGAGAAGUGGCUGGUUGCAGCAUUUGGGGGGUUCAGGGGACGUACCCACUGCAGAUCUGGCGACUGCUAGCUAGGGAUUCCAUUUCUAACUAUGAAGACCUCUCAGACUACCUACAUCAUUCAGGAGCCGCCGAGGUGUAAAGAACUUUUUUUUUUUUUAAGAUUUUUUUUUUUAUUUAUUUAUUUGAGAGAGAGAGAAUGAGAGAGAGAGCAUGAGAGGGAGGAAGGCCAGAGGGAGAAGCAGACUCCCUGCUGAGCAGGGAGCCCGAUGCGGGACUCGAUCCGGGGACUCCAAGAUCAUGACCUGAGCCGAAGGCAGUCGCUUAACCAACUGAGCCACCCAGGCGCCCCAAGAACUUUUUUUUUUUAGCUUGAAUUAUCUGUAUAAUUUUGGCUGCCUUUCGUGUAAACUUUAAGUUCGAGACGUAUUUUCCUUAUAGAGUUUAGCCAGUUUUUCAGAGAGAAAAAAAAAAAAAGACACUGAAGUCUAAAUGAAUCACAUGGAGACUUGGCUUUUUUAAUGCUUUGUGACCAAGACAUCUUAGAGAUGAUGCUCCUGGCUUGCCAUUUUUCUUUACAUGUCAUCUUGAAGCUUUUAGGGGAGCAUGACAUUAUUUAUUGAAGGUUUAAUUUUGUAUUUUCACAGGGGAUUCAGAAGUAUUUCAGAAGCAGUUUGUAAUUCCUUAAUACCUUGGAGUAACCCUGUAGAGUUCAUUUCCCCUUUGAAGUGAUUAGGUGUGGUUUGGAUGUGUAAGGAGCCAUCACCUAGACCAGUUGCUGCUACCUGAGAAUGAAGCAUCCCGGGGAAACUGGAGUGCUCUUUAGUCGAUAACUAGUCCCUCCGUGCCCCCCAGCACAGUGUUAUGUACCGUGGGUACAUUUUGGUCAAGUAUAAUAAGUGACCUCUGUGUUCAAGGAGCUUGCAACGUAGUGAAGGCAAGAUGGACACAAAAUUAAACAUGAUGCAAGAAUUGACAACAUAAGCCAAGAACAAUUGUCUGGGAGCAUCGCCAGGUGAAGGCCACUGUCCAUAACUUGUAUCACCUCCAAGGAAUGAGAGGUCACUGGAUUGUAGUGUUCAGGGAUGGUUUCGUGGACGGAAGGGCAUUCUGAACAGGCUUUCAAAAAUGCGCGGGUAUCCCAGGCAGGAGGAAGAGGGCGUGCAAAGGCACGAAAUGAAUUAGCAGAAGUUCAGGGGAUGGCAAGGAGAUGAGUUUUGUCCAAGAGAGUGGCAGAUGACAUAAAUCUAGAAUGAAAACUUGGCCCUAGGUGGCGGAAGGCCUUGAAUGGCAGGCUAAUCGUGUUUGGACUUUACUCGCUAAACAUGGGGCAGCCAGGCAAAGGCAUUUAGACAGAGAGAUCACUUGAUUAAAUGUUACUUUUAGGUGUUUAAUCCUUUGCGUUGCUGUCAGAUGUUUUUGAGGCGGAGAGGGAUGGAAAUAUGGGAACCGAUUUACAGUAAUCUAGCUCAGAGACCCUAACCCCCUAGAUAAGAACAAGCAUGGAGAAGAAACGCUAAGUACAAGAGACGUUCUGUGGAAAGCCUGGACCCGAGUUACUGAUGACUCCGUGCCACCACAUCUAUGGACGAGAGUGGUAUCAUAUUUAUGGGAUCUGCCUGCCUAUAUAAACAUUGUAAACAUCUUUUUAAAAAACGAAAUAGAAAGCAGCAGUGGUGGCAACAGUCUUGGAACCUUGACCACCUUAUCAUAGAACUAGGGGUGACUCACUGGUUAAUUAACAAACUAAAUAGGUCAGCGUAACGAAAGGGAAGUGUUAAGGAUAAUUGUGUGUCCCGUGGCCAGUGGGUUCUCCAGGUCAUGAGAGUUUCCCAACUCUUCAAAAUAUUAAUAAUAUUAAUAAUCAGCUAAGUAUUUUAGGUCCCUGACCCACAAAAAAAAUGGCGGGCUCCCAGGGGGAAUUAGAUUCCAGCUGAACUGUGAAACGGUCGGUAUAGCAGAAAUGCAUUCUUUGAUGUGAAUUAAUCUGUAGAGGCUAAAUCACUUCAUGAAUUUAGGUCCCUGACCCAGGCUUUUUACAUAUAAAUACUAGUUGGAUCUGACAUGAAGAAUCCGAGCGACAUAUUGGAAAAAUAGGAGACACAAUUUCACUAGGUUUCUCUCUCCAACUUUCAGACUAAGGGCAGCAAGCUGUAGAGGACGAGGUGGGCUAGACUUCCUCAUAUGCUGUGUCCAAACGCGCGUUCCUGGCUUCCUCCAGUGACAACCCAGAGAGACGAAAGUCGAUGCAAAUUUUCCUAGUAACCAGCCGGGCUCCCUUCAGCCUCAGUCUUGUGCUAAAAGUACACUACUUCAGCUAUCAAAACACAAAGGGAAAGGAAGAGAAUAAAAAUAAAUAAAAGUUGGUCGGGGAUGGGGAGUGGGUUUGUGUAACAAGGCUCUUCCCCUAUCCUGAGAGUUGGCCAAUAAGAGUGCUUUGUUUAUCUGGUUCCAAUUAUAAUAAAGGUUUGGUUUUUUUUUUUCCCUACUCCCUAACCACAUAAUGGUCGCUCUCUAAGCAUAUGUAUGUUUACCCAACUCCUGGUUGAAGUUGUGACUAAAUUCAACAAAGAGUUUUGCCUCUGUGUAUGGCAUUUGAAGACUCACUCUGAUAUGUUUUUUCAUCCCCAUUUUUCCUCUUUAUUGAGCUCUAAUUCACAUACCAUACAAGUCACUCACUGAAAAUGCAUGAGUCAAUGGUUUUUAGUAUAUUCAGAGUUGUGCAACUAUCAGCACACUUAACUCUGGAGCAUUUUAUCACCCCAGAAAGAAACCCCAUACAUCUGAGCGGCCACUCCCCAUUGCCUAUGAAUCACCCCCUUCCCGGCCCCUGACAACCACAAAUCUACUUUCUGUAUCUGGCUUUGCCUAUUCUGGACAUUUCAUAUAAAUGGAAUCCUACAA